UCGUGUCUUAACCGGAACAGGAAAACGUAGCGUAGGCUAAGCCAAUGUGCUAAUGAGCAUCGCAAAGAUACUCGUACAGAAAGAACAAGACGACGUUUGGACUUCUGCCUGUCGAUUUGUAAGUAAAAAUGUCGGAGUCUGGGCACAGCCAGCCCGGGAUGUACGGACAGGGACGGAGGAGACGGAGACGGAGAGACCGGGAGCCUGGACCUCCUGGACAGAACCUUUCCGGACCGAGUCGUGAUAGAGACUACGGCCCGCGGGAGCGGAGGGAUGGGAGCGAGGAGCCAUCUGGUCCACUUCUUCAGAAAACUCCCAUUAUUCUGGCCAAACCCCCUGGAGAAAGAGCGAAACCAACUGCCGCUGUCAGUGGUGCCCCGUUAGAGAAGCCAAUUAUGCUGAUAAAAGCCAGAGAUGAAGGAGGCAAGCCAGGCACAACACCAGACGCUGCUCCUCCAGUUUCUGGUUCUGGAGCAGUAAAGCUGGAGAGGGAGGGUCAGCGUCCAACACAGCCUGUGUAUCAGAUCCAGAAUCGUGGAAUGGCUUCUGCUGCAUCCACCUGUGCUGUUGAUCCUGUGAUUGGCCAGACGAAGCUCCUCCCCCCUGAGAAAAUGAAGCACGGCAUUAAACUAGUGGAUGACCAGAUGAAUUGGUGUGACAGUGCUAUGGAGUAUCUGCGUGACCAGACUGACAUGCUGGUUGUUGGAGUCAUUGGGUUCCAGGGGAUGGGAAAGUCCACCAUCAUGUCUCUCCUCUCAGCCAACAUGCCUGAAGAAGACCAAAGGGCGUAUGUGUUCAGGGCCCAGACGCAGGAGAUCAAAGAGAGAGGGGGCAACCAAACGAGUGGAAUCGACUUCUACAUUACACAAGAGAGAGUGAUCUUCUUGGACACGCAGCCUAUUCUGAGUCCUUCAAUCUUGGAUCAUCUCAUCAAUAAUGACCGCAAGUUGCCACCAGAGUAUAACCUGCCACACACGUAUGUCGAGAUGCAGUCUCUACAGAUCUCUGCUUUUCUCUUCACUGUGUGCCAUGUUGUAAUCGUGGUUCAGGACUGGUUUACAGACAUCAACCUCUACAGGUUUCUGCAAACCGCUGAGAUGCUGAAGCCUUCGACUCCGUCCGCUAGCCACGACAGUGUUGGUUCAUCAGGAGCAGAUGAUGGAUCAGAAUACUAUCCUCAUCUCAUUUUCCUGCAGAACAAAGCAAGAAGAGAAGAGUUCUGUCCCCGAAACCUGAAAGAUAUGCACAUGGUUGUGGACAAACUGAUGGCCCACUCCCACCUGAAAUAUAAAGGCAUGCUGUCCAUGUUGGACUGUAAUAUUUUCCCUGGACUGGACCGGGACUACCUCGAAAAUGAAGUCAAUCUCUUCCUUUUGCCAGUUCUGGAGAAUGAUGGAGAUGAAGCUUUGACAAGAGCAGGAUCUGGAUCUGCUCCUCUUUUCUCUCUGCUGCCCGGCUACAAAGGCCACCCGAGCUUUUCCUCCCUGGUGUCCAAACUGCGUAGCCAAGUCCUGGCCAUGCCCCGUAAUCAGCUCUCCCACACCAUCCUCACUGAGAAAAACUGGUUCCACUAUGCUGCCAGAAUUUGGGACGGAGUAAAGAAGUCCUCAGCGCUGUCCGAAUACAGCCGCUUACUGUCAUAACCCAGACAAGACGCACAUCUGGAAAUGGCUGCUUUUGAGAAAGUCCUUCAACUUCACAUGCACUAAGGCAUGGCAAAAAAGUAUUACCUUUUGAUAUGCAGUGGGUCUGAGGGCCAAGUCCUGUAUGUUCAACUCGAACAGGGCUGGUUCUUCACCGGAACACUGAUGUUCAGACACCAGCUCCAGACUGCACACACUGUGUUGGAGCUUAAACAUGGAAAUACAGCAAGCAUGCUUGCUAAGAAUGUUGGAUCUUCUACCUAUGCGCUCUCUCUCGCUCUCUCUCUCUCUCUCUCUCUCUGUGUGCUGGAUUUGAUGCGUCAGCUGUGAUCGACGUCAGAGAUUUAGGGUAAAGAGCAGAACUCUGAACAGAACCACUUUUUUUUUUUUUUUAAAUUAAUUCAUGUACUUGGUGUCAUUAACCGCUCUAACCUGAUCAGAGUCAUGGUGGAGCCAGAGCGCCUCACUUGAGUGCAUUUUAUCUUUGCCAAUCCGUAAGGAAACGGGAGAACCUGGUGGAAAAAAAACCCACAUGGACGUAGAGAGAGACAAUAUGUACAGAAACACCGGACAGACAGUAACUCGAGCUCAGGAUCAGACUGGUGAUCCUGAAGCUGAGAGGUCAUAAUGCUACCCACUGUGCCACCAUGCUGUGUAUUUAUUGCUGACGAUUAAAAAAAAAUUAUAAAACCAAGUUGUAAGAUUA